GUACUUGCUACGGUCAGCCUAUACAUACAAAGGUCACGAAUUAAUCGAAUUCGAAGUACCACGACCGCGUUACCGGUGUUCACCUUUAUUUUCAGCGCCUAAUGGCCCAGUCAGUACCUGCUUCACUGGUGACCUCAGUCCCGACUCCCACAAGUACUAUCGUCCAGGCUGCAGCAGAGUCAUCCACCAGCGACCUCGUUUCUGCAAAUGAUGCAAGUCCCGUAGUAGCAUUCAUAAUAGGACUGGCAAUUAUUUUGCUUGCUUCCAUUCUGAAUGCUGCUGGUUUGAAUAUCACGAAAUUGGAUCAUGUGCGCACGAGCAUCAUUCCAAAGUCAGCCCGCAGGCAGGACUGGCUGCGACCGCUAUGGCUCUUAGGCAUGGUUUUAUAUAUAUUGUCCCAGCUCAUCGGGAGCACGCUCGCCUUGGAUUAUAUGAGGGCAGAAUAUGUUGCCCCCCUCGGAUCUACAUCUCUCAUCUUUAAUUUCUUGUUCGCUAGAUUUUUAAUUGGUACACCAGUUACACAAACGGAUAUCUACGGUACGAUGAUCGUAGUACUGGGCGUCAUCGGUAUCGUUGCCUUUGGAGCUAUCAACAGUGGUUUGUCCACGGAAACGGACGUCAACCAUCUCACCGCUUUAUGGCGGCGUGGUGGUUGGCUUGGAUUCUUCUUCUGCAUGUCGCUUGCGCUCAUUCUCGUCCUCAUUUUCGCAAAUUCGCUCGAUGCUGUCCUUGCUGCGCGGUCAGACCUGGACUCAGAACCCUUCGCAGGCAUGAGCGCAAGGAGGUCUCCCACAUCGAGUACUACUUUCCUCGGAAAAGUCAAGAAUAACUGGAAUGCGUGGAUGCUAUGGGUCAAGGAGAAGUUAGAGACGUGGACUGCACCUCAGGAUGAUAAGCAAGUUGCAUGGGUGCUCGGAAUUGGCUGGGCGUGCUGUGGAGGUGGACUUGCUGGAGGGUGUUUGGUUUUCGCCAAGGCCACCGUUAAGCUACUCACUGGAAGCCUUUCGCACGAAAACCCCGGAAACCAGUUCGGUCACCUAGCUCCUAUAUUCACGAUCAUUCUACUCGUGAUCACGGCUGUACUUCAAAUCAUCUGUCUCAACCGUGGACUUAAGGUCUACGACUCCACUCUGGUAGUCCCGGUCUUCUAUGGCGUCUAUACUGCAACUGGUUUUCUGGAUUCGUUAGUGUUCAAUAACCAAGUCGACUCCUACAAGCCUUGGAUACUCUUCCUGAUCUUCGCCUCAAUAAUGAUUCUCAUCUCUGGUGUGGUCCUCUUGACGCAUAAGAAACCUGAACGAUCAACUCGUGUAUCUGCUGCCGCUGCGCUGUCUGGCUUGUCGUCUCGCAGGGCUGCUCGGUCCUCUUCCAAGGUUAAUCGUAUUAGCGAGGACGACGAAAACGACGAAGAACAAGCAUUGAGAAGAACAGAAGAAGGCGAGGAAGAACGGGAGGAUCAGGCAGUACUAUGGCAAUUAGGGGAUGAUAGCGAGGACGAGGACGACCAAGCUGGUAAGGGACAUACGCCAAGAGGCGUGCACGCAGCUGGAAAUACGAGCCGUGUCACAGGAGAGGGGUCGGGGCUGAUGCGAGAUGAGGAGGAGCCGGACUUUGAACAAACUCACGAACACAGUCGUUCGAUUUCCUCGGACGCAACGCUAGCCCAGAAUCCACAGGAUCCAUUCCGCGAUGACGACGACGACGAGUUUUGGCAGUGGAAAUGAUGGAUACCGUUCAUGAUACAACCUCAUACCCAUUGGACUCCUGCAUGCAUUAUGGUUUAUAAUUGCUUCAUAGUAGAUAUACAUUAUUACCGAAAUACUACAUUUGCACACAAUUUUUAAUGCUCGCGCAUUGCUUCGAGAAUCAACGAAUUGCU